GGGUAAGUAACCUGUGGAGCGCUGAGAUGCUCUGCUCGCGGUGUGUAGAAAUAACUCGAACAGAUUUGAGAUGGAAAAAAAACUAAGUCCAACUAUUUAUUCAAUAAAUGAUAAAGUACUUUUUACAAGAGCGAAUUGGAGCGUAUGAAAUACAAAAUUUGUCUACUCGUUCUGCGCUUGGCGGAGGAGAUCUUCGGGUGAUGCGGAUCGAUGCCCCUUCUUCGCUGGAUCCUGGAUCCUCCCUCAGGAUCAUCCCUUGUCCAAUGGUGGAGGAGUCCACCCCGUCCGAUGUGGGCCCCUUCUCUUAGCUGUGGUCCACCCUCAGCCGCGUGGUGGUGAAGGCUCUGCCAAGACGCGGGAACGUAAUAGCGCACAUGUGCUUAGGGAAAGUGUGGAAUACAGAGAAGACGGAAAACAAACAAGUCCUUGUACUAGGCGAAAAUUUACGACCCUCUUCGAGUGUAUGAAAAGACAGGAUAUUCAUGGAAGAUCUCGUAGCUUUCAAGAACCGAACGCGACUUAGUCGAAAACAACGAAUUCGAUACGGUCCCUAAUAAAUUAAUCCCUACAAACAUUCGAAGUGAAGCUAAGUUUAUUCUCUGGAUUCCCAAACUUUUCCUAGCAUGAACAUCCACGUCGAGUGGCUUUAACAAUAUAAGCUUUGUCUAUUGUACAUGAUCGCACGCUCAGAUGGUUUAAAUUUCGCUCUUAAUUUAUGGUCAUCGAUAUAACAAAAUACAGACGCGCUCUGUAAAUAUUCUCACGGCCGGGUCGCCAUACUACAUUAACUGUAUUCAGGAUGAUAACCAUACAGCGAAAAAAUAAUCUCUAGAUAAACAUUUGUGGAAAGAAGACACGCGAUGGAAAGCAUAAAUAUUUACAUUUCUUGAGUGUUUGCGAGAGUAAUUUUUAUUUAUAAUCAUGAUAGACGGCAAUAUUUCCAUGGAGGAGGAUACCGAAUUACGAGAUUUAGUGGUACAAACCCUUGAGAAUAAUGGUGUCCUGGCAAAAGUGCGGGCGGAACUCAGGGCAAGUGUGUUUUUAGCUUUAGAAGAACAGGAAUCAGUUAUGAAUCCAGAACCACUCCUCAAUAAAACUGUAAAGCAGUACCUGGCUAAUUCGGAAGGAAAAUUGUUGUUUUCCUUAGUUAGGGAGUUCCUAGAAUAUUUUGGUCUUGAUUAUACAAUAUCUGUAUAUGAUCCAGAAACAUACUUUGGAAAAGAAUAUAAUUAUGUUGGAAGAAAUAAACUAUGCGAAGAAUUAGGUAUUGAAUCUAACGAACCAUUACUUGGAGAAAUUUUAAAGAAUAGCAUGAACAGUGCCUUUAAUAAUACACAAAAGAAUGAAACUAAUAACAGCAGAUUUAAUAAAACAGAUGAAACUGUUGCAAAUAUUGCUAAUGCAACAUUUGAAAUUUCCAUUCCAAAAGUAGUACACAAUGAAACUGCAUCAUUAUCAAAUGAUAAUGAUGUUUCAGAUAAAAUAGAGGGUGUUUCACAACAAAAUUCAAAAGUUCCAAUAAAUAUGACAAUAAUGGAUCAAAGAAAUGAAGAAACAUCUACUAAUGUUUCAAUGGAUGAAUCAAAUUAUGAAAAACUGAAUGAUCAUCUCAGGAAUAAUACAGCUUCUGAAUACAAUGAAAAGGAUAGCGGAAUUGAUAAUAAAGGGAACAAUAAUAUACAUUUUGAUACACUCCCUGCAAGUCAAAAUGGCACAAGUCUAGCGAUGAAUCAUACAGAAAAGGAGACUGAAAUAAAUACAUCCAUCCAAACAAAUUUAUUAAAUAAAACCGAGCCUUUAAUUAAGUUUGAUGAAUCUAUAGUUACUGAAGCGCAAAUAAAUCAAAAUGAAAAUAUAAAUAAGCAAAAUAAUAUAAAUAGUUUGGAAUUACAAAUAGCAAAUAAUGUACAAAAUAAAAAGUCAGUUAAUACUGGAAGCAGUUUUGGAAAAACUGUAUACUUCGAUGAAAUUAUUGUUGAUGGGAAAAGAGAAAAUAUCAAUGAUGUAUGUAAUACAGAAACCUUUUUACAAGAUUUACCAUCGUUAGAUAAAAAACCUCAUUCUAUACUUAGUGAUCUCCCACCAUUAAAUGGUAAAAAAACUAAUAUUAGUGAUCUAAAAGAAUUAAUGGAUAUUGGACUUGGAACUGACGGUACAGAUAACUAUGAAGAAGAUUUUGUUUCAUCUGCAUCUGGUAGUGCUUAUGACCAAAGUCCUUCUAAGGAUCAUGAAAAAACAGAUAGCCCAAUAAAAUUACAAACAAAAGAUCGGGACAAAAUUCAAAGUGCUCAUAGCGAGGAUAUAAGUGAAGAAAUAGAAGAUAUGGAUGAUAUACUCAGCAGUACAUCAUGUCUUGAGGAUAUAAAUAUGGAUAAAAAUAUAUCAAGUUUUGCAACGGGUAUUACAGCAAAUUGUGCAAAAGAACUAUAACUAUAAAUCACAUUGUUACAGAGUUUCUGUAAGAGCUUUAAGAUGCUAUUUCUUUUACAAUAUUGAAAUUUGGUAUCCUAUGAUAGGGCAACAAGUAUAUUAAUGCAAAUUGUUGUGAAUUCAUGAAUUUGCAGAGUUACUUUGGUUUCUGACAUGGCACUGCCAUUUGUGGCUCAAUACUUAUAAGUUUUCACAUAAAAGACGUAGAAGGGAAAUGUCUGAAUAUAUAUUUAUAAGUGGUUAUACCUUUUAUACUUUAUAACACUCUCUUAACAGAAAUAUAGUUUCAUAAAUUUUAAAUUUUACUUUAACAGUAUUUAGAAAUCACAGUUCUUACAUACUUAAUAAAUCUAGUAUUGUGUUUCUAACAUUUUUGCAAAAAUUUUAUACAGAUUUUAUAAAAAGGAAUCAAACACUGUAAAAUAAAUUAAACUGCCAUUGCUCUCUACAGAAAGAUAUAUAUAAAUUCUAUUAUAAUUUAAAGUAUUUCAAGUAGAAAUUUUCUAAAAGUUCUUAAAAAAGUAUGCAUCUGGAUAUAAAUUAUAUGUGUAUUAGUAAGCAUUGUAAGCAUCACUUUGUGAGUUAUUAGAGAAUAGUUACAUAAAUAUUAAAUAAUUAUAUUAUACAAAAUUGGGCUAGUAACAUUUUACAAAUUAAAUACUUAAUUUUUUAAUUCGGAACGCAUAAAUCUAUUUUUAUGUUGACAGUUCUAUGAAAUAUCACUAACUAACUUAUAGUCUUAAGAUAUUUUUAUUGUAACCAUUUUCAGACAAACUGCCUUCUACGUUAUUCUAUAAAUACGCCUAGUAUUAUUACUAUUAAAGCCAAUUAUCUCAAUGUUAACGUACUUUAAGAAAUGAAAAUUAAUCAGUUGCAUUAAUUGUUGUUGAACACUUAGUUAUAUUUUUCAAAAAGUUUUUGUAACAUUAUGUUAUGUUUAUUAGAAUGAUUCCUGUGUCUGAUUUUAUGACUGAAAUGUCAUUAAUUACCUCAUUUAACUAAAGUUACUGGUAUAGUAUUGAUAGCAAUAUCAGUAAAUCAUCCGUCUAAAAAUGGAUUGCCUAAAAAGUACAUCAAAUUAUUUUUUUCAAAGAUAAUGGUGCUAAAUGCAUAAAACUAAAGUUACUUAUAAAGGUUAAAGUUACUCACUGGAAAUUAGGUGCUAGUCUUUCUCUUGCAUCUAUGGUUUGUAAUACUUACAUGACUAAUGAAAGCACUAAACUAAGUAAUUCAAUUUUUUUUGGGCAAUCCAGUACCUUGAUAAACAUAUUGAUAUAAUAUAAUUAUGUCCCAUAUAAGAUGCAAUAACUAAGUACAAUUCACAAUGGAUCAACUGGAUGCUUGACAAAUCAAAAUCUGUAACAAAUGUACAGCCUGCUUCUUUCACAGAACUUUUUAGUAGCACAUAAAUAAUGUAAUAUCAAUAGGAAAUAUUGUAAAUGAUUCAAACAAAGAAAUUUCAUAGUCUAGUAAU